GAUAUUCGUUUAUCUUUUCCUUUCCUCAACCGCCUUGACUUGCGGAUGAACGUUCUGAACCUUUGGAUUGAUACAUUGAUUCGGAGGAACCUAGACCAAGUCGAUUUGAUGCUGCAAGAUGGGAUGGGAUCGUGCUCCCACCGUCCUAUUCCAUAAUUUUGUCGCAUCUCGCCGCGCCCGUACUGCACAAGUGCCCGUUCAGACAUCUGGUCACAGCUGUGCGAAAAGCACGUAUCUGCGCAGGUUUUGAUCGGCGAACUUGGAGACGUGACUCCAAAGAAAAACAGGUCUUAACUAAUCGUCCCAAUUCGAGUCUGUGUCCUGCUGCUCAAAACCCGCGGACUUGGACACGGGAGAAAUGUGUGAGGAUGGACUCGGGGACCUGAAGUAGAUAUUCGAUUUGCAUAUCUACGUCCCCGGCGCUCUGACAGGAUCAACAUUAAUAUCACCGAUUAUGUGCGUGCCGUGGCUGGCGGACGAGUAUACGGAGUUGUUGGUGUGUUAACCGAAUGUGGCUUGACACAAGAUACGAUUGGUUCUCGGGACGCCGUCUCACUUGGAACUGGCGGGAGCAAUUUCUCAGAGCAGGCCCCGCGCGUUGCAUCGAAAUGCCCGCGUAUAUCCGUACGAUAUGGUAUUCACUCCCAGAAAGAAACGGAGCGUGAAAGAUAGGGCGCAAAUAAAGAUCAUCGCAGUGAUCAGCGAUCUCGGUCUUCAGAUACUUGGAAGAAGAUCAAAUGAGCUAGUACGUUAUGAUCUGGACAUGCUACUUGUCAAUCUGCAUUCUCUGGUUACUAUGAGUGUUGAUCUCUCACAGCAUUAGAUAUUGGAUACUAAGUU